CUCCACCUCUCACCUCCCCACCUUCGAAGUUCCCUCUAUCCAAGCUUCAAAUCCUCAUGGCUCAGAAGGUGAUACUGAAGGUGUUGACGAUGGCAGACGACAAAACGAAGCAGAAGGCCAUCGAAGCUGCUGCUGAUAUUUUCGGGGUGGACUCGAUAGCGGCGGAUUUGACGGAUCAGAAGCUGACGGUGAUAGGAUUGAUGGACACGGUGGCGGUGGUGAAGAAGCUGAAGAAAGUGGGGAAGGUGGACAUCAUAUCGGUAGGACCAGCGGUGGAGGAGAAGAAAGAGGAGAAGAAGGAAGAGAAGAAAGAGGACAAGAAAGAGGAAAAGGAGGAGCCCCAAGUGGAGAAAAAAGAAGAAGCAAAAGUUGUGGAGAAUAAGUGAAGAAAAAAUGAGUGAAAUUUAGAUGAAUGGCAUGUAUUAAAUUAAGGUAUCGAAUAACUUACUUCUACUAUUGUUCGAUCUUGAAUUGAGUUCAACAUCUUUUCUUA